AUGGCCACUGCUGUUUGCCCAGAAGGACCACAGGUUCCUUCUGCCAAGUGGCAGCAGAGCCACUCUGCAGGGAAACCUCUGCACCAGCAGCAAAGGCAGAUGAGCGAGGGAAAGCCCAGCAGCGAAGGUUUCCACUUGAGUGGCACAGUAACAGAACCUGCAAUACAAUCGGAGCCAGAAACUGUUUGCAACGUGGCCAUCAGCUUUGAUCGUUGCAAGAUUACCUCAGUGACCUGCAGCUGUGGAAACAAGGACAUAUUUUAUUGUGCCCAUGUUGUGGCACUGUCUUUAUACCGCAUUCGCAAGCCAGAUCAGGUCAAAUUACAUCUUCCCAUUUCAGAAACUCUCUUUCAAAUGAAUAGAGACCAACUACAAAAGUUUGUACAGUAUUUGAUCACAGUGCACCACACAGAAGUUUUGCCAACUGCUCAGAAAUUAGCAGAUGAAAUUCUAUCCCAGAAUUCGGAAAUUAACCAAGUCCAUGGUGCUCCUGAUCCAACAGCAGGUGCUAGUAUAGAUGAUGAAAACUGCUGGCACUUAGAUGAAGAGCAGGUUCAAGAACAGGUUAAACUGUUCCUUUCCCAGGGCGGGUACCACGGAUCAGGGAAGCAGCUUAAUUUGCUCUUUGCAAAGGUUCGGGAGAUGCUGAAGAUGAGGGACUCUAAUGGGGCCCGCAUGUUGACCUUGAUAACAGAGCAAUUCAUGGCUGAUCCUCGUCUGUCACUUUGGAGGCAACAAGGCACUGCGAUGACUGACAAAUACAGGCAGCUCUGGGAUGAACUGGGUGCUCUGUGGAUGUGUAUAGUUUUAAAUCCCCACUGCAAGUUGGAACAGAAGGCCAGUUGGCUAAAACAGCUGAAAAAGUGGAACAGUGUUGAUGUCUGUCCAUGGGAAGAUGGAAAUCAUGGCAGUGAAUUACCCAACUUAACCAACGCUCUGCCUCAGGGUGCAAAUGUCAACCAAGAUUCAUCGAACAGGCCACAUCGGACAGUGUUCACCCGAGCCAUCGAGGCAUGCGAUCUCCACUGGCAGGAUAGCCACUUGCAGCACAUUAUCAGCAGUGACCUAUACACCAACUACUGUUACCAUGACGACACUGAAAACUCCCUCUUUGACUCCCGUGGGUGGCCCCUCUGGCAUGAACAUGUCCCUACAGCCUGUGCAAGAGUGGACGCAUUACGUUCUCAUGGGUACCCCAGAGAAGCAUUGAGACUGGCAAUAGCUAUUGUUAACACGUUAAGGCGGCAGCAACAGAAACAAUUGGACAUGUUCCGAACUCAAAAAAAAGAGCUACCCCAUAAAAGCAUAACCUUGAUAACCAAUCUGGAGGGCUGGGUUGGACACCCUCUGGACCCUGUGGGCACUCUUUUCAGCAGCCUUAUGGAAGCCUGCCACAUGGACGAUGAAAGCUUCCCUGGAUUCUCCAAUUUCACAGAGAAUAUGGGACAGUGCAAAUCUCUGGAAUACCAGCAUCUACCUGCACACAAAUUCUUAGAAGAAGGGGAAUCCUAUUUAACACUAGCUGUGGAGGUAGCCCUGAUAGGGCUGGGACAGCAGCGUAUCAUGCCUGAUGGGCUGUACACACAAGAGAAGGUUUGCCGGAAUGAGGAGCAGCUCAUUUCUAAACUUCAGGAAAUUGAAUUGGAUGACACACUGGUGAAAAUUUUUCGAAAGCAAGCAGUCUUCCUAUUAGAAGCCGGACCAUAUAGUGGUUUAGGCGAAAUAAUCCAUCGGGAGAGCGUUCCAAUGCACACAUUUGCCAAGUAUCUCUUCACCUCUCUCCUACCUCAUGAUGCUGAAUUGGCAUACAAAAUUGCACUGAGAGCAAUGCGGUUACUAGUAUUGGAAUCUGCUGCUCCAGCAGGAGACCUCACCCGCCCACACCACAUUGCGUCAGUUGUUCCCAACCGAUACCCUCGUUGGUUCACUUUAAGCCACAUAGAAUCCCAGCAGUGUGAGCUGGCGUCCACCAUGCUAACUGCAGCCAAAGGCGAUGUUCGGAGGCUGGAAACAGUAUUAGAAUCCAUCCAGAAAAACAUUCACUCCUCAUCCCACAUCUUCAAGCUUGCCCAGGAUGCAUUUAAAAUAGCAACUCUCAUGGACACUUUGCCAGACAUCACUCUUUUGAAAGUGUCUCUGGAGCUGGGCCUGCAGGUUAUGCGAAUGACACUGUCAACCUUAAAUUGGCGACGGCGGGAGAUGGUCAGAUGGCUGGUAACGUGUGCUACUGAAGUGGGUGUUUAUGCCCUAGACAGCAUCAUGCAGAGCUGGUUUACGCUUUUCACUCCCACCGAGGCCACAAGUAUAGUUGCAACCACGGUGAUGUCCAACAGCAAUCAGCAGGAAAAGCUGGCCAGCAGUGCCCGGACACUCGCAUUGCAGUGUGCCAUGAAGGACCCUCAGAACUGCGCCCUCUCCGCACUCACCCUAUGUGAGAAGGAUCACAUAGCCUUUGAGACGGCGUACCAAAUUGUUCUCGACGCUGCUACCACCGGCAUGAGCUACACCCAGCUCUUCACGAUAGCACGGUACAUGGAGCACCGCGGGUACCCCAUGAGGGCCUACAAGCUGGCCACCCUGGCCAUGACCCAUCUCAACCUGAGCUACAAUCAGGACACGCACCCUGCCAUUAAUGACGUUUUGUGGGCCUGUGCGCUCAGCCACUCCCUCGGUAAAAACGAGCUUGCAGCUAUAAUACCUCUGGUGGUCAAGAGUGUCAAGUGUGCAACGGUACUGUCAGACAUUUUGCGCAGGUGCACUCUGACCACCCCUGGCAUGGUGGGACUUCAUGGAAGGAGGAACUCUGGUAAGCUCAUGUCCCUGGACAAAGCCCCCUUGAGGCAGCUCCUGGACGCCACGAUCGGGGCCUACAUCAACACAACGCAUUCGCGACUCACCCACAUUAGUCCUCGGCACUAUAGCGAGUUCAUAGAGUUCCUCAGCAAGGCCCGAGAGACCUUCCUAAUGGCGCAUGACGGACACAUUCAGUUUACGCAGUUUAUUGACAACCUGAAACAAAUCUACAAAGGCAAAAAGAAACUGAUGAUGUUGGUUCGGGAGAGGUUUGGUUGAUAGAAGUUGUAUGAAUGGGGUGGGGGUGGGGGUGGGAGGGAUGGUUUGUUUUUACUUGAGCCUGCCUUUGUAUCCUUUUUAACUUAAAGAACAGAGCCACACCGGUAUUAUAUGUGUAUAGUUCUAUUGCGUUUGCAGACUAAAUUGUCAUGUUGUGAGAGUUCAUGUGUUCCUAAUUUUUUUCUACCCUUUCUCUUCUCUUCUUUCCUUUUACUUUAUUUUUUAAUUCUUUUUUUUUUUUUUUGUAUGAGAGAGACGUUAAAAAGGUUUGGUUUACACUGAGUAUAUGUUGUCAAGUGGCAAAAGUCCACAUAGCUCUCCUGUUUUCUGUAUACGUUCACAGCCUCAAAAAAAAUAAUUGAAAUGGCUUUAAAAACCAAACAAACACCUCCAUCCUGUGAGAAGUACCUCGAAUGGAUUCAGCUUUACUCCUUUGUAACUCAUCUUUACAUUUUCAGCAUAUUUAAACAAACCAACAAAAUGAAAUACUAGUAGUUAAAGGCUGACCCACGUGGCUUUGCAAUGCUGUUCGUCCAGAAGCAUGGCACACGAUGCUUGUGCAUGUGGAAACUUAGCGACUGUCAACAUACAUUCUCAGGGAUUUAUCAAAAAAAUUAAAGAAUGAGAGCAUUUAUUGUACUGUAUAUAUAUUAUAGUAUAUGUCUGAAUAUUGAAAAUAUAACAUUAACUAAUUUAUAAAAAAUAUUCUAUGUAAUGCAAAAUACUUGAAGCUGCAGUAGCUUGGUUUUAAACAAAAACAAAAUGAGAGAAAACCUAUCAGAGGGACUAAAAGUGCGCCUUGCUUCAGGGUUGGCUCAGGCGGUGAACUUCAUACUGGGCAUCUAUGCAGAGCCACCUUUGGAUUGCAUGGUUGGACUGAGAUCUAUUUGGGAGAAAUUAUAUAUGUAUAUGUAUAUUUAUACAACUUAUGUAUACAUAUAUAUGUAGAUACAGACACCAGACACACACACAUACCAACAACAACAACAACCACUACACCACACAUGCUUGUAACAGGCACUAGAAGAAAGAAGGACAACAAAAACACAGCCAGAGCAGCAAGCCUUAGCAUUAAGAAUAUACAGUAUGCCGGAACUGGGGUUCGUGCCUCCUAGCCUACGAAACUUAAAUAUCCUUUUGACACAAACGCAAAAUGUUUUCCAGAACAAUUGACUUAUGAUACAUAACGCCUUUGCAGUGAGCUAAUAAGCUAACCUUUGUGCACAAAUAACAUUAUAUAUAUUAUAUGUCUCUUCUGCAUAGGUAUUUUGACUUUGUGCAGGACAGAAAGUUGUGUAGGUAGGACUGUUCUAUUUUCAGUUUUCUUUCUUUUUUUUAAAAUAUAUUUUAUUUUCUCUAGAAUUACUCAAAACAAAAGCAGCCUUCUAUCUUGCCUUGUCUUAAUGCUUUAAAAUAACCAAACUGGAGAUCUAACUACCAAACUGUUCAUUAUAUUAUGAAAUACCAACUUUGGUUACAGUAUAGUGUCUUUACUUUAGCUGAUGGUUCUGUAACCUUGUGCUUUUUAAAGCAAUUUUUAUGUUUUGGUGCAAAAGUUGUCCAGUGUCUCUUGUUCCCUUCAUUAGAGAACAUGCUAGAGGUAUGUUUGUAGGUAUUUUUGUUUAGAAGAACUAUUUCAUGCGCUCCAUUUUAUUUAUUAUAAUAGGUAAAAAGAAAAAAAAAAGGUUGUACUUCAUCACCCAUGUAAACAUGCUCAUGAAGUUGAAAGUAAUUAAGAUUUGAUACACUGAUAUCAAUUUAUUUAUGUAACUAAAUCACUGUUUUAUAAACUUGUUAAUGAUCAACAA